UUCGUCUCCACGACGGCGAAGACCAACGACCCUGACCAAAUCGAUCCCCAGUUCCAUUGCAAACCCUGCACGCUUCUGCGACCGUGAUCCGGAGCACCCAACCAACCGCCGCCGCCGGCGUAUGCGCUCGCCAUGACCGGAUCGGCUGCCCACAUGGCGGAGCCCUGCCUCUUCGCCGACAUGCCCUCCUUCCUCGACGACCUCCCGGAGUUCCCGCACCCCCCCGACGACGAAACCUUCGCCCUGGAGGAUUUCGAUCUGGAAGAUCUGGACUUUGACUUCGACCUCGACCUCUUCUCGACGGACGACGCGCAGCUCUCGACGCCGCCGCCGCCGCCGCCUCCGCUCGCCACGUCCUCGUCCUCUGCCGGAUCGCCAGGCGGGGGUUCCUCCUCCUCCGGCGCCGCCGUGGACGGCGCCGGCGGCGGCCUGAAGAACGACGAGUCCUCGGAGUCGUCUUCGAGGAGCGCGAGUGCGGUGAGUGACGGCAAGCCGAGGAAUGGGGAGGAUGAGGAGGCCAAGCGGCGCGCGCGGCUGGUGCGCAACAGGGAGAGCGCGCACAUGUCGCGGCAGAGGAAGAAGCAGUACGUGGAGGAGCUGGAGGGGAAGGUGAAGGCCAUGCAGGCCACCAUCGCCGACCUCUCCGCCAGGAUCUCCUGUGCCGCUGCCGAGAACGCUGGGCUCAAGCGGCAAUUGAGUGGCGUUGCUGGGACACCUGCCCCGCCGCCGCUACCGAUGUACCCGGGAUUGUACCCUUUGCCACCACCGUGGCUUCACCCGGCAUACGCAAUGCGUGGCUCACAGGUUCCACUUGUGCCGAUUCCCCGGCUCAAGACCCGGAAGCCUGCACCAGCUGAGGUAGAGCCUCCAGCUAAGAAGACUCGGAAGACCAAGAAGGUUGCAAGUGUCAGUCUUCUCGGGUUGCUGUUCCUGGUAAUGGUUUGUGGGUGUUUGGUUCCUGCAGUCAAUCGGAUGUAUGGCACAGUUGAUUCUGGAGAAGGCAUUGUGCUUGCUCCAUCACAUCAUGGAAGAGUUCUGGCCGUUGAGGGGCCUCGAAAUGGUGCCCCGGAUGGUAUUGAUUCGAAGUUGCCACAGAAUUCAAGCGAGACUCUCCCAGCGCUGUUGUAUCUCCCAAGGAACGGGAAGCAUGUCAAGAUCAAUGGAAAUCUUGUUAUUCAAUCCGUUGUUGCAAGUGAGAAAGCUUCUUCGCGUAUGUCUCAGUAUGACCCGAAGAUUUCUGGCAAUCCAGGAAAGGAAGAGACUAGUUUGGCAAUUCCUGGCCAUGUGGCUAAAUUGGAUUCUGGAGAAGUUCCGAAAUCUGCUCAAGGGAUUAAAAAUAAACUGAUGGUUUUGCCUCCUGGAGAUCGAACCAUAUACAGGGAGGAUGAUGAAUUGCUGCCACAAUGGUUUAGUGAAGCUAUGUCUGGUCCUACGUUGAGCUCCGGAAUGUGCACUGAAGUGUUCCAGUUUGAUAUAUCUCCGACCUCCGCUGACGCAAAUGGAAUUGUUCCUGUCUACUCAAGUGCUAUGCCCAACUCAUCGCAUAACUUAACUGAAAACCUCCCCUCCACCCGGCCUCAGAAGAUCAAGAACAGAAGGAUUUUGCACUCAGUGCCUAUCCCUCUACAAGGUUCAACAUCCAACCACACUGACCGCCUUAAGGAGCACCCGAAGAACGAGAGCUUCGCUGGAAAUAAGCCGGCUUCAUCCGUGGUGGUCUCUGUCCUGGCCGAUCCAAGAGAGGACAGCGAGGGGAGGAUCUCUUCCAAGUCGUUGUCGCGCAUCUUUGUCGUCGUACUUGUAGACAGUGUAAAGUAUGUGACUUACUCUUGUGUCCUGCCGUUCAAAAACCAUAGCCCUCAUCUCUGACUUUGAGCCUGGUCCUCACCGGAGCAUCUGUUCAAACUAUACUGAUUAACAUAACAUAAGUUUUCCAUCAGGAUCUGGUACAAUUUGUAUGUGGAAUUGUGGAUAGAGUUGCUGGAAAUUGAUUCAGUUUAUCGCUGUACUUUGUA